CAGCAGACGGCCAACAACAAACAGCUCAAACACACAGCCAUGGCCGGGAUCUUCGAGCAGCAGCGCAACGCCGGAACUCUGUUCCUUGGUGGAACCAAGAUCAGCGGACAGGACAUCCGCGACCAAAAUGCACUUGCGACACAGGCGAUUGCCAAUGUCGUCAAGUCCUCGUUCGGACCCUCAGGUCUCGACAAGAUGAUGGUUGACGACAUCGGAGACGUAACGGUGACCAACGACGGCGCUACCAUCCUCAGCUUGCUGGAUAUCGAGCACCCCGCCGGCAAGAUUCUCGUCGAGUUGGCGCAACAGCAGGACAAGGAGGUUGGCGACGGUACGACAUCAGUCGUCAUAAUAGCGGCCGAGCUCCUGCGCCGCGCAAACGAUCUCAUGAGGAACAAGAUACACCCUACCACCAUCAUAACCGGAUACCGAUUAGCCCUCAGGGAAGCUGUCAAGUACAUGAACGAGAACAUCAGCACAAGCGUCUCCCAGCUCGGUCGCGAGCCGCUGGUCAGCAUUGCGAAGACGUCCAUGUCGAGCAAGAUCAUCGGCUCUGACUCGGAAUUCUUCUCCAACAUGGUCGUAGACGCCAUGCAGUCGGUCAAGACCACAAACAACAAGAACGAGGUCAAAUACCCGGUCAAGGCCGUCAACAUCCUGAAGGCACAUGGAAAGGGAGUUACUGAGUCGCAGUUGGUCAAGGGCUACGCUCUCAACUGUACCGUAGCGUCACAAGCCAUGAAGACCCGCGUCACGGACGCCAAAAUUGCGGUCUUGGACAUCAACUUGCAGAAGGAGCGAAUGAAGCUGGGUGUGCACAUCACCAUCGACGAUCCAGAGCAGCUCGAGAAGAUCCGGGAACGCGAAGCAGGAAUCGUCAACGACCGGAUAGAGAUGAUCUUGAAGUCAGGCGCGAACGUGGUGCUCACGACCAAGGGUAUCGAUGACAUGUGCUUGAAACAUUUCGUGGAGAAGGGCUGCAUGGCCGUGCGAAGAUGCAAGAAGGAGGAUUUGCGCCGGAUAGCGAAGGCGACCGGUGCCACCCUGGUUAGCACCCUUUCAGAUCUGAACGGUGACGAGAAGUUUGAGGCAUCAAACUUGGGCUACGCAGAGGAGGUCGUGCAGGAGCGUAUCUCAGACGACGAGUGCAUCUUGGUCAAGGGCACCAAGGCCUUCUCGUCGGCAUCCAUAAUCUUGCGAGGCGCGAACGACUAUGCUCUCGACGAGAUGGAGCGAUCCGUGCACGAUGCGCUCUCGGCGGUGAAGCGAACACUGGAGAGCGGCCGCGUGGUCCCUGGUGGAGGUGCAGUGGAGACUGCUCUGCACAUCUACUUGGAGGAGUGGGCUACGUCCGUGGGAUCCCGUGAGCAGCUCGCUAUUGCCGCCUUCGCUACUGCCCUCCUUGCAAUUCCCAAGACCCUCGCCAUUAAUGCGGCAAAAGACUCCACAGAGCUAGUCGCUAAUCUCCGCUCCCGUCAUGCCCUCUCGCAACGCACGUCGUCCGACCCGACCACGCCCGAGAACGCGAAGCAAUUGGCCAAGUCCAAGAACUACAAGAACUACGGUCUAGAUUUGGUGAAUGGUAAAGUCCACGACUCUCUAAAGGCAGGUGUGCUGGAGCCCAGUAUGUCCAAGGUCAAGCAAUUGAAGAGUGCCGUCGAGGCAUGUGUUGCUAUCAUGCGUAUAGAUACCAUGAUCAAGUUGGACCCGGAGGAGAGAGGCGGGGAUGAUGAUGGGCACGGCCAUUAGAUGGGUUGGCGGAUGCCGUUGUAGAUCGCAAAGUAAAUGCGAUUGUGGCUGUAUAUACCACGCGUGUUGCUCAGCGAUGCAUUCACGCUUAAUGUCUGGAUGAUAAACAAGUCAAAAGAUCAGCAUCAGUCCC